CUCGGGAAGCUGGGACACGGUUGUCUCCCUUUUCCCUUGGGGAAGUUGGUGGAGUUUUCCCCGCUGAGUUCUCGGCGCAGAAACUUCCCUCGUCCCCCUCCCCCCCAUGCAGGCGACGCCGAGUGAGGCUGAGGCUGGGGGCGAAUCACCACAGAGCUGCGUGUCAGCGGCGCACUCUGAUUGGACAGCAGGGAAGCCUGUCAGCUUAUUGGCCCCGCUGAUUCCGCCUCGUAGCGCCGGGCAGCCUUUAACCUUUAGCCCUAGCGGGCGCCAACCACUCAGAUCGCUUCUUGUUGGUAUGUGUAGCGGCAGUGGCCGCCGGCGGAGCAGUCUGAGCCCGACGAUGAGGCCGGGGACAGGAGCCGAGCGCGGAGGCCUCAUGGUGAGUGAAAUGGAGAGCCAUCCUCCCUCGCAGGGCCCUGGGGACGGGGAGCGGAGAUUGUCCGGCUCAAGCCUCUGCUCCAGCUCUUGGGUCUCUUCUGACGGCUUCCUGAGGAGACGGCCCUCGAUGGGGCACCCUGGCAUGCAUUAUGCCCCAAUGGGAAUGCAUCCUAUGGGUCAGAGAGCGAAUAUGCCUCCUGUACCUCAUGGAAUGAUGCCACAAAUGAUGCCCCCUAUGGGAGGGCCACCAAUGGGACAAAUGCCUGGAAUGAUGUCUUCAGUAAUGCCUGGAAUGAUGAUGUCUCAUAUGUCUCAGGCAUCCAUGCAGCCUGCCUUACCGCCAGGUGUAAAUAGCAUGGAUGUAGCUGGAGGUACAUCUGGUGCAAAAUCAAUGUGGACUGAACAUAAAUCACCUGAUGGAAGGACUUACUACUAUAAUACUGAAACAAAACAAUCUACUUGGGAGAAACCAGAUGAUCUUAAAACACCUGCUGAGCAACUGUUGUCUAAGUGUCCCUGGAAGGAGUACAAAUCUGAUUCAGGAAAGCCUUACUAUUAUAAUUCUCAAACAAAAGAAUCCCGCUGGGCCAAACCUAAAGAACUUGAGGAUCUGGAAGGAUACCAGAAUACCAUUGUUGCUGGAAGUCUUAUUACAAAAUCAAACCUGCAUGCAAUGAUCAAAGCUGAAGAAAGUAGUAAGCAAGAAGAGUGCACAACAACAGCAGCCCCGGUUCCUACAACAGAAAUUCCAACUACCAUGAGCACCAUGGCUGCUGCAGAAGCAGCAGCUGCUGUUGUUGCAGCAGCAGCCGCAGCAGCAGCAGCUGCUGCUGCAGCCAAUGCCAGUGUUUCCACUUCUGCUUCUAAUACAGUCAGUGGAAGUGUUCCAGUUGUUCCUGAACCCGAAGUUACUUCCAUUGUUGCUACUGUUGUAGAUAAUGAAAAUACAGUAACUAUUUCAACUGAGGAACAAGCGCAACUUACUAGUACCCCUGCUAUUCAGGAUCAGAGUAUUGAAGUAUCUAGUAAUACUGGAGAAGAAACAUCUAAACAAGAAACUGUAGCUGAUUUUACACCCAAAAAAGAAGAGGAAGAGAGCCAACCAGCAAAAAAAACAUAUACUUGGAAUACAAAGGAGGAGGCAAAGCAGGCUUUUAAAGAAUUGUUGAAAGAAAAGCGGGUACCAUCCAAUGCUUCAUGGGAGCAAGCUAUGAAAAUGAUCAUUAAUGAUCCACGGUACAGUGCUUUAGCAAAGUUGAGUGAAAAAAAGCAGGCGUUUAAUGCCUAUAAAGUCCAGACAGAAAAAGAAGAAAAAGAAGAAGCAAGAUCGAAAUACAAAGAGGCUAAGGAAUCCUUUCAGCGGUUUCUUGAAAAUCAUGAGAAAAUGACUUCCACAACAAGAUACAAAAAAGCAGAGCAAAUGUUCGGAGAGAUGGAAGUCUGGAAUGCAAUAUCAGAACGUGAUCGUCUUGAAAUUUAUGAAGAUGUUUUAUUCUUUCUCUCAAAAAAAGAAAAGGAACAAGCAAAGCAAUUGCGAAAGAGAAAUUGGGAAGCCCUCAAAAACAUACUGGACAACAUGGCUAAUGUAACAUACUCUACUACUUGGUCUGAAGCACAGCAAUAUCUGAUGGAUAAUCCAACUUUUGCAGAAGAUGAAGAGUUACAAAACAUGGACAAAGAAGAUGCAUUAAUUUGCUUUGAAGAACACAUUCGGGCUUUGGAAAAGGAAGAAGAAGAAGAAAAGCAAAAGAGUUUGCUGAGAGAAAGGAGAAGACAGCGUAAAAAUAGGGAAUCUUUUCAGAUAUUUUUAGAUGAAUUGCAUGAACAUGGACAACUACAUUCUAUGUCAUCUUGGAUGGAAUUAUAUCCAACUAUUAGUUCUGACAUUAGAUUCACUAAUAUGCUUGGUCAGCCUGUUUUUUCAUUAGGAUCAACUGCACUUGAUCUUUUCAAGUUUUAUGUUGAGGAUCUUAAAGCACGUUAUCAUGAUGAGAAGAAGAUAAUAAAAGACAUUCUAAAGGAUAAAGGAUUUGUAGUUGAAGUAAAUACUACUUUUGAAGAUUUUGUGGCAAUAAUCAGUUCAACUAAGAGAUCAACUACAUUAGAUGCUGGAAAUAUCAAAUUGGCUUUCAAUAGUUUACUAGAAAAAGCAGAAGCCCGUGAACGUGAGAGAGAAAAAGAAGAAGCUCGGAAGAUGAAACGAAAAGAAUCUGCAUUUAAGAGUAUGUUGAAACAAGCUGCUCCUCCAAUAGAAUUGGAUGCUGUCUGGGAAGAUAUCCGAGAGAGAUUUGUAAAAGAGCCAGCAUUUGAGGACAUAACUCUAGAAUCUGAAAGAAAACGAAUAUUUAAAGAUUUUAUGCAUGUGCUUGAGCAUGAAUGUCAACAUCAUCAUUCAAAGAACAAGAAACAUUCUAAGAAAUCCAAAAAACAUCAUAGGAAACGUUCUCGCUCUCGAUCGGGGUCAGAUUCAGAUGACGAUGAUAGCCAUUCAAAGAAAAAAAGGCAGCGAUCAGAGUCUCGUUCUGCUUCAGAACAUUCUUCUAGUGCAGAGUCUGAGAGAAGUUAUAAGAAAUCAAAAAAGCAUAAGAAGAAAAGUAAGAAGAGGAGACAUAAAUCUGACUCUCCAGAAUCAGAUGCUGAGCGAGAGAAGGAUAAAAAAGAGAAAGACCGGGAGAGUGAAAAAGACAGAACUAGACAAAGAUCAGAAUCAAAACACAAAUCACCUAAGAAAAAGACUGGAAAGGAUUCUGGUAAUUGGGAUACUUCUGGCAGUGAACUGAGUGAAGGGGAAUUGGAAAAACGCAGAAGAACCCUUUUGGAGCAACUGGAUGAUGAUCAAUAAAUUAUACCAAAUAUAUGUUUACAGUAUGAUUUAAAGUCUAAUUCAGACCAGGGACUCUAUUUUAAGUUCAACUGAAAUAACACUGGGUUUUAAUUAUAUCACAAAAAAAGUGCAUUUAAGUAUUGUUAUUGUGGGACUUUAUAAAAGCAAAGGAAGUUGAAAAUAACUUUUGAUUCUGUAUCAAGAAUCAUAUUUUCAUACGGUCAUAACUGUCUUUCUGUGACCCUUUCAUAGGGCACUGCAGGAUGGAUUAAAGGUGGCAAUUUACUGAUAACUGCAGAUGUCUCUACUUUGUUCUACAGUCUAAGUCAUGAGGUGAUUCAAUUUACUUUAUAGGAGUUGGAUUUUGAAGAUAUAAUGAAAAAUUUUUGGUAAUAUAGUAGUACAAAAAAAGCACCAGCAACUGAUACAACUGCUUUUUUGUGCACUACCCAACUGGUUAAAGCCAAUGUGAUCUUUUAUGGUGACUCCUAACAAGUAGGCAUUUUUGAUGGAAACUUGGUAGACCCUUAACUAUAGUGGUGCUAAGAAGCACUACUGUAAUAAAGCCACCAUUAUUUUUUAUGAAACAUCUAAAUACAUUUUUAAAAGGCUAUUAUGAGGGCAUUAUUUUGAGCAUCUAUUUUGAGGUAAUGUUUAAAAAAGUUAACAUCAAAUCAAAUUGUAAAUUAGUUUAAAUAUAUUGCCUUAAGGACCUACUAAAGAAUGUGCCACCAGACUUUAAGUGAUAGUUGCAAUAUCCUUGUCUAAAAAAAAAAAAAAAAAUCAAUGUUGACUUAAACAUUUUCUUUAACAGUUGUCUUUUUUUUAAUCCAGUCUUUCUCUUGCUUUUUUUUCCAUUGAGGGAGUCUUUUACCUUCCCUACUCACUGAGAAGUAUUGACUUCGUGGUACACAUUCUGAAGCAUUUCUGAUUUGAAUAUUUUUGUACAUUUUUAUCAAUUAUUAAACCUUCUCUUCUAGUG